GGUACCUACACCGGCUCGUUCGCGACCGACACAUCACUAGUUUGCUGUUGUUGACGGACUUGGUCGCCACAGGGUCUAGAGCGGAAAAAUGGCUCUCAUUAUGGCAUUUUGCACUUUAAUCUUCAAUGUUUUAUGCUUGCCUCUUCAUCUGAUCAAAGCACUCGGCAUGUAUGAAAUAUACAAACGUGUCUUCCCUAUUUGUUGGUACCGAUGUUCAAUAAUAUACAACAACAAAAUGCACGACAAGAAGAAGGAGCUGUUUCGCAGUCUACCCGAGUUCAACAGGCAUGGCAAGCAGCUCACUAUUUUGGAGAUCGGCUGUGGAACUGGCACCAAUUUUCAGUUUUAUCCACCCGGAUGCAAGGUGAUCUGCACUGACCCCAACCCUCAUUUCAAGAAAUACCUGAAGAGCAGCGUGGAAGGGAAUGACCACAUCACGUUUGACAGAUUUGUGGUGGCGUCGGGGGAGGACAUGGGGGCUAUUGAGAGCGAGUCGGUAGACGUUGUUGUGUGCACCCUAGUACUCUGCAGUGUCAACAACAUCCCGAAAACCCUGCAGGAGACACGGCGCAUGCUGAGACCGGGUGGAGGCUUAUUUUUCAUGGAGCAUGUUGUUGGAGAGCCCUCCAGCUGGACCUACUUCUUCCAGCAUGUUCUGCAGCCCCCUUGGUACUACUUUGGGGAUGGAUGUGAGAUCGUCCGGGACACGUGGAAACCUCUGGAGGCAGCUGGAUUCUCCGACCUCAAGCUGAAACAUGUGGAAGCACCACUCCUGUUCCUUAUCAAGCCUCACAUCAUCGGUUACGCUGUGAAAUAAAUGCUGUCAUUAGUUCUGCAUUACACAUGAAUAUAUAGUCAAGCGCUAAAUAUCUCUCUUUUAUGAUAUGAUAGAUCAUCAGUGAUGGAGAUAAUGCCAAUCACUUUAAUACUAGGGCUGUCAGUCGAUUAAAAUAUUUAAUCGCGAUUAAAC